UGUAGGUAAAAUUGAUUUACUUACCAUAAGGUUCACAUAGCCUAUUAUGUCUCAAGAAAAAAUAAGCUGCAGAUGCGAAUGAAGUAACAUUCACAAUAAAAGCUCUCCAUUUUAAUUUCACAGAAUGCUUUUCUCGGUAUGUUAUAUUUGGCCUCCUUCGUAAUUUUGAAAGCAUUAGGCAUGUGAACAGCAUAUAGAAUACUGAGGUCCCAAUGAAUGUUUUGAAACAAACUUCAUGAUAAGCUGUAAACAAUUGAAACAUUAAUUUCUUAUUCACUUUCAUUAUUUACCAAUCAUUUUUACACAUACAGGUUACUUACGGUAAUUUUUGGACGAUGUCCAAUGCGUGAGUCCCAAUAAGGAAAAAUUUUCUAUGACAUUUAAGAAUACUGCUAAUUUAACAAUAACAACACAACUCUCUAGCACAACACUUCUGUAAUAUUUCCAUCGUAAAUACAAUAUGUAGAAUCUAAUAGGUGCAUGCACAUAAAUGGCUGUUUUCCAUAUUGUACUUUGUGGUUCAUAGUUUCCAAUAGACGCUGAUAUUGAUGGGAAGACGUUAGGAACUUUGCAAUGAGUAUUGUUUGCGUUUUCGAAGUCCUUGUACAUUGUUAUUAAAACACAAGUUAUAAAAGCAAAUAAUGGCACCGACACCACAUAAUAACAUAAUUUCGAUGGAAUUUUGAUGUAGCUGUAGGUUUUAUUUUCUGACUCAUUGUAAAGAGGUAAAUACAUUUCAUAUUAUUAAAUAAAAUAUUUUUCUAAUUCGUUUUCGUAAACUUAUGACAUCAUGUUAGAAAUGACAAAUGUCAUUAACUUUACUGACACUGACAGUGACAUGACUGAUAAAAAUUGAAAAAACCAUUGUUUUACGUUCCCCUAAAAAUCUAUUAACGUCUGGUCUACUGGUGUUUCUGAAUCAGUAAGCUUUUGUUUAUUAAGGCUAAUUAAUCAGAGACUGAAAUGUUUCUUUGUGUAUCAUGAUACCUAAUCAUUGAUAAUUCUAUGAAUCGAACCCAUGAUGGAAAUUAUAUAGUGUAAUGGAACGCAGCUUCAAAUGCGUUUCGUUAUUUUAUCAAUAUUUUCUUAGCAACCGCAGGAUCGAGUUAUGAAUAGUGGAAAGUGUAAUACCACUAUUGUUUCUUUAUAAUUAUGAAAUUUGAGGAAAAAUAUGGAUAAUAUUCUAGACAAGGAUAUAUUCAAUGAAAAUGAUUUGGAUAAACUUUCUCCGGACUAUAAGCCUCGAAAUUUUAUAUUGCGGAUGCAAAUGAGAAGAACUCUUGUAAGUAAACAGUAUGAUAAUGAAUAUUAUCGAAACACAAUUUGCAUGAUUCUUAUAUGAAUUGAAUCCCAGACCUUACGGUCAUUUUCCUACGACCAACAAACCACUUUUACCUUUUGGCACCUGACGCUAAACCAGGGUUUAGUACAUUUGUCAUCAGUGUACUAUAUGUGCCCACCGCUGAACAAAGGUCUCUUCUCAUGUGGAGUUUUGAUUAUUAUAAUUAUAAUUACCCACAACUUAUAAAUUUUAAGUUCACAGUCUGUUCAUCAUCAUCUUCCUGCUCUUGUCCCGUUUUAUUUGGGGUCGGCGCAAUAUGUUUUUUCUUCCAUUCUGUCCUGUCACUCGUCACGCUAUCGCUAACUCCUCUGUCUUCCAUAUCACUUCUCACACAAUCCAUCCAUAUUUUCUUUGGUCUCCCUCUCCCUCUCCAUCCAUCCACAUUUAUACUCAUGGCUUUUUUUGUAACAUGCUUUUCAUCUCUCCUUUUCACAUGGCCAUAAGUUCACAGUUUGUUAUUGGGUCUAAAUAAACUUACAAAAACAUAUAACUCGAGUACCUAAGUCACAUUUUCAGGGCCACCACGACGUGUAAAAUCUGAUAUGCCUAUCUGUAUCUAAAUGUUUUUUUCAGGCUAAAGACAGUCACAGCCAUGGUAUUCUUAAAAACCCCAAUUUGACAAGGUAACUACUUAUUUUAGACAAUUUUUUUCUAUAACUAGCGGCCCGCCCCCUGCUUCGCACGGGUCCAACUAAUUAUCUCGCUAUUAAAGUGUCACUAUUUCCUAAUCUUGCCCUCUAAUUUUUUAAUAUUUUCUUUGAUAAGAACAUUCUGCCGACAAUAAUUAAUACAAAAAAAAAAAUUAGCAAAAAAGGUCCAGGCGAUGUUGAGUUAAGCGCUCAACAUAUUUUGCGAUCCAUUAUUAUAUAUAAAGAUAAAUAAUAUACAUUUUAGUUGUAAUUACUUACCUACCUACAGAUCGUGUGAGAAAUAUUUUUUACGUGAAUUUCUUGUACCUACUAGCUAGCUUCCAUUAUAAGUUUUCUAUUGAUUAAGCAUAUCGUGUCGAGUUAUCAUAAAAAAUAACUUAUUGUAUACUUAUUUAAGGAAAUCUAUAAAAACAAAAGAAAGCUUUGCUAUUCACAAAGAAAUUGUGAAAUUGCGAAACGAAUUCAAUAAUAUUGAUUUGAAAAAUAGAGUGUCAUUAAAAAGUCUUGAGCCUUUAAAAUUAAAAUCGACUAUUACCAACGAUGAGCCCUCCUUACUUGAUAAAAGUCUAAAUUUACACCAAGCCGAUGAUAAUUUUUGUAUAAAUGAACUUACUGAAGAAUUUACCGAAUUGGAAAUACGCAAUGACAAUGAAUUUAAAGUUAAUCCGAAGAUAAAACCUCUAAAACACAUUAAGAUAUAUCGAGAAACACAGUGCUAUCGAAAACCAAAAAACCGCAAUAGUGGUUUGCUGGAUUUACCUAAAGAUAUAAAUGAAAACAAUCAAGACAUUUUUCGUGUGGAAUGCAAGAAUAAAUCUCGUAGCCCACAUAAUUUAGAUCAUGAUACAAAUACGGAACCACCAGCAAUGAAACAAGAUUCACAAAUAAAUAUUUCAGACAAAAAUUUAGACGUGCCAGUAAGUGAAUUGCAGAACUUGUUGAUAAUGAUGGCUAUUUCUUCCAAACCGAAUGAAGUGGAAGAGCACCACAAAGAAGUCGAAAUAAGUAAUGAAGUAAAUUCUCCAAAAAGCGAAAUACUUUCAAACGUAGAUUUUAAUGAUAAAAGAUCCGUAAGCUCUGAGGGAAUGGAAAACAUUUUGAGUAUAACCCCAAUUAGAGUACAAAUUGAUAGCAAGGAAACGUACUUAAUGAAAAAAUAUAUUAGUAAGUGGAAAAGUUACGUUAAAAAUAUUAGGGAAAAGUAUGUCUCCGAACAGAGGCAGGAAACUUUAAAUAAUUUCUUUGAAAAAAUUGCAAAGAAAAAGAUGGCAAUAAAUCAAGGUGCUGAAGCUGAAAAUAAAUCGAAAAUUUUGUUAAGGGACUAUAACACUUAUCAACAUAGGUACAAAUUACAAAAGCAUAUUAUAGCUUUGCAAAAAGCUAAAUUAGAGGAACAAAAUCGUUUAAUUGAGGAACUCAAGUAUAAUAGGAUCGUAGAAGCUUCACGUCAGUCUGUGGAUGAUAUGAGAGAAGAAGUACGUAAAACGUAUUAUGAAAUAGACAGGCAUCUUAAACCAAAGAUAAAGUGCUUGACUAACGAGUUAAAGAUUCCUGAAAUUGAAGAACCUUCGCUGAUAUUACACUGUUUGAAAGUACCACAGUUUUUACAAAGGAUGGAAAAGAGGGCUCGUGAACGAGAAGAAAAGCAUGCAAUGAUACGCGAGCGAAGACGACAGAUGGAAGAAGAGAGAAUUAAAAUGAAGCAACAGGCGGAACUGGCAAAAGCUGAAAUGGACAAAGAAGAAAAGAUGAAAAGAAUACAAGAACUGAGAGAGAAAAGGAGAAAAGAAAAAAUUGAGCACAUUAGAAAGAAACAAUGGGCAUCUAGACUAAGAGCGCUCAUAGUAAUGGCAGAUUUACAUUACGAGAAAACUUUGAAAGCUAAAUAUGGAAUAAGGCCUUUCCGAAUACUGAUAGAAAUGAAACGAGACAAUAUAGAAAAAGCAAAAGCCCACUAUAUUUUUCAACUUAAAAAUAAUACCUUUUUACAUUGGCUAUGGCAUACUGAAGAUAUGUGGAUGGAAAGAAAUUUCAAAGCAGAAAACUUUUGGCGCAAAAAAUUGUUACGAAAAGCGUUGGAUGCUUUUAAAAGGAAUCAUCACGGGCUUGUUUUGAAGAAACAGGUGGCUGAUGACUAUUAUGAUUUGUACCUGACACAGAUGGCAUUUAGGCUAUUCCGUGAAGGAAUAAAUGUUAUAAGGAAGGAAAAUGAGAUGAAAUGGCAAAUAGCUGUUUUGUACCACAGCAGCAAUCUUCUAUUUAGAACAUUUACGUGUUGGAGGACUCUACCAGCUUUGAAUGCACUCAAAAGAGAACAGGAAGCACGGAAAGCAAGAUGGCGAGAGAAAGUACUGCAAGUUGUACCCGACUACACACCACCUGAAGAUUAA